UACGGUGGCAGAUUCAUCUGCAUCCGUUGACUGUAAUUAGAAAUGAAAAUUGUGGAUACAGUGGCCAUAGCCCAUGCUCUCGCACUUGCUGCUUACGCUGAUGCCGCUUCUGCUUCCCAAUCUUCUUCCCAGCAAACAUUCUCAUCCUCCACGACUGGGGGUCGCGCCGCUUUUCAGUGGGGUGGAACCAUAUCUGCCACGUCAGUCGCCAUCCUGCUCUUUUUUUCUUCUACGUUUUUUUUUCCCUUUAAUCCAUUGGAACCACAAUUUAGUCUCUUUCACUUCUUAUCCUUCAAGUAUUUUCUUCUUCUUCUUCCUCCUCUUUUUUUUAUUUUAUUAUUAUUAUUAUUAUUAUUUAUGUUGUUUUAUAGGUUUUUGUUAAUAUUUUCCACUUUCCAUUAACAUUGGGAUCUGGGUUUGGAAAUACUUGCAUUUUUAUUUGGUUUUGUGUUGUAGAUUUUUGUUAAUCUUGAAUCACGUAGGGCGGAGAUCAUCCAUCCAAAGUUCCCUUUUGGUCCUCUUUCUUCUAACGAGUUUCCCUGCAGUGCCGUUGAAUAUUGUUAGGGGGCAAAUUGGACGUUGGUUUGCAUUUCUUGCCGUUGCAGCAAAUCUCUUCUUCCCUCGGAAGUUUCCAGUUGCUGGUUUUAUCCUAUUGGUGGCCACUCCUGACUGGCUGGCUAAUGGACUGCGUGAUAGCAUUGUUGGUGGUGUGUUUUGUCUCCUACUGGGAGUGUGUCUUGUGAUAACAGAGAUUCGAGGAAUUGGAGGAUGCAGCAGAUGUGAAUACAAAUGUUUGAUGCGCUUAGUUAAACAAAGCUGGAUACCACUUCAAAGGAGAGAUGCACCAAGCAAAGCAUAUAAAUUAUAGAAAUGGAGAUGGUCAACCAAUUAACAACUACUGCAUUUCAUUCCACCCUGUUUCAAGAAAAAAUCUUCUUGGAGAUAAUGGGACAUGUUCUCUGAACUUUCCCUAAUAGAAACGUAAACUACCACACCAACGACCCCAUGUUGUAAUUAGAAGACCUCAAUCCUCGUGAAGUCUUCCCAGUUCAAUCAAAAUGGCUUGGCUAUCCUUCAUCUCUGUCUUUACUCUUUCUCUGAUUUCUUUCUCUUCCUCCAUUCUUGCUCAGCAAUCAUAUGUGGGAAAGGGUACAACAGACUGCGACAACAAUAAUUUAACUUCUGUUCUUGGUUACGCCUGCAAUGGUGUCAACGCUAGUUGCCAAGCUUUCCUUAUCUUCAGAUCUGAACCCCCAUAUAACGAUGUUUCUUCCAUAUCUGAUCUUCUGGGGUCUGACCCAUCUCAGCUUGCCCAAAUCAAUUCAGUUGAUGAGACUGCUACAUUUGAAACAAAGAAAGAGGUCAUUGUUCCAGUCAAUUGCUCCUGUUCAGGUGAGUUCUCUCAGGCAAACACCUCUUAUGUUGUUCAGCAUGGAGAUACCUACUUAUUGAUAGCAAAUAACACCUUCGAAGGCCUCUCUACAUGUCAAGCUCUCCGGAGUCAAAGAACUUCUCUAACUACUAAUAUAUAUACUGGUACGAAGCUUACUGUUCCUCUUAGGUGUGCUUGUCCUACCAAGAACCAAAGUGAUGUGGGUGUCAAGUAUCUCAUGAGUUACUUGGUCGCUUCUGGUGAUUAUGUUUCAAGCAUUAGUGUGAGAUUUGGUGUGGAUACUGGAAUGACUCUUGAAGCUAAUGAGCUUUCUGAGCAAAACCCCAACAUUUAUCCCUUUACUACCCUUCUAAUUCCCCUGCAAAAUCUGCCCUCAAGUUCCCAAACUAUAGUGCCGCCGCCGCCGCCGCCACCAGCACCUCCACCUCCAACUGCUGUAUCGUCCCCAAGUAAAAGCUUGAAGAAAACAUGGGUUUAUGUCGUUGUUGGAGUUGUUGCCGGAAGUGCUCUUGUAUUGCUGUUUGGCUCUGUUAUUUUCUUCAAAUUCUUUAGGAAAACUAGGAAGAAAACUGAUCCAAUUGCUAUCUCAGAUAGCUUUGAGGCAUGUGAGAAACCACUUAAGGAGGAACAGCAUGAGUUCUUGGAGAGUAUAUCUAGCAUAGCACAAUCCCUCAAAGUUUACAAAUUUGAAGAACUACAAUCUGCAACUGAUAAUUUCAGCCCCAAUUGUAGGAUAAAGGGGUCUGUUUACCGUGGCACGAUUAAAGGGGAUUUGGCUGCCAUAAAGAAAAUGGAUGGAGAGGUGUCAAAUGAAAUAGCUUUACUAAACAAGAUCAACCAUUUCAAUGUCAUCCGCCUCUCUGGCAUUUGUUUUAAUGAUGGGCAUUGGUACCUCGUCCAUGAGUAUGCUGUUAAUGGACCCUUGACUGAUUGGAUCUAUAACAACAAUGAUGACAGCAGGUUUUUAGUUUGGAUGCAGAGAAUUCAAAUUGCUUUGGAUGUGGCCACAGGGCUUAACUAUCUCCAUAGCUAUACCAGCCCUCCCUAUGUCCACAAGGACAUAAAAAGCGGUAAUGUGCUUCUUGAUAGUGACUUCAGGGCUAAGAUUGCUAACUUCGGUUUAGCAAGGUCAGCAGAGGGGCAGGAGGGUCAGUUUGCCUUAACCAGGCAUAUCAUUGGGACAAGAGGUUACAUGGCACCAGAGUAUCUGGAGAAUGGUUUGGUCUCCACAAAGCUUGAUGUUUAUGCAUUUGGGGUUCUCAUGCUGGAGAUGCUUACAGGGAAAGAAGUUGCUGCAUUAUAUGAAGGUGAGAACAUGCACCUACCAGAUGUCUUAGUUGCUGUGCUCCAUGAGGGAGAUGGAAAGGAGAAGUUGAGGAACUUCAUUGAUCCUUCCCUGAGUGGGAAUUAUCCUUUGGAACUUGCCAUUGUUAUGAUCAGAUUGAUAGAUAGCUGCUUAAAGAAAUCUCCAGCAAGUCGCCCAGAUAUGGUUGAGAUAGUGCAAGCCCUGUCAAGAACCUUGACCACUUCAGUGACCUGGGAAUUGUCUAAUAAUGUCUCAGGAUACCAAAAUUCCAGUUAGAGUUUUUUGCUGGCAAUCUCCUUAUGGGGAGGUCGAUAUCUGAAUUUCUGUAAAAAAAUGCCUGGUCCUUUAAAGAGUGCUCUGAAAUAUUAGUUCACUGAUAGAGGAGGGACUGAGGUUACGCCUAUGUUUCAGAAUAAGUGUAUCAGCAUUAUAGACACACAUGAACUUGCAUCUUUCAGAUCCA